AUGGAUCUUCUGCCCUUCGGACUGAACAUCAGCAACAACUCUGAACCUGGAGCCAACCUGACCGCUGCCAAGUGGCCAGGUCUGCAGAGCAUCUCUUAUACCAGUAUUAUCAUGCCUUCUGUGUUUGGCAUUAUCUGUCUGCUGGGCACUGCUGGCAACUCUGUAGUCAUCUUUACUGUAGUGAAAAAGUCCAAGUUCCACUGGCGUCACAAUGUCACAGACAUCUUUAUUAUCAAUCUCUCUGUCGUGGACCUCCUCUUCCUCUUGGGCAUGCCCUUCAUGAUCCACCAGCUCCUGGGAAAUGGCAUCUGGCACUUUGGUGAGACGAUGUGUACACUCAUCAUUGCCAUGGACGCUAACAGUCAAUUCACCAGCACUUACAUUCUGACUGCUAUGUCCAUUGACCGGUAUUUGGCUACAGUUCACCCCAUCUCCUCUUCAAGAUUCAGGAAGCCCUUUGUUGCUACCUUGGUUAUCUGUCUCCUCUGGAUACUCUCUUUUAUCAGCAUUACCCCAGUUUGGCUCUAUGCCAGGCUUAUUCCAUUCCCUGACGGUACUGUGGGUUGUGGUAUCCGCCUUCCACAUCCAGAAACUGACUUGUACUGGUUCACUUUGUACCAGUUUUUUCUGGCCUUCACCCUUCCCUUUGUGGUCAUUGCCGCUGCCUAUGCACGCAUCCUCCAACACAUGAAGUCUUCCGUAGCCCCAACUACUCAGCGCAGCGUCCAGCUGAGGCUCAAGCGAGUGACACGAACUGCCAUUGCUAUAUGUCUGGUCUUCUUUACCUGUUGGUCACCAUAUCACCUGCUACAGUUGAUACAGCUGUCCAUCAGCCGCCCAACCCUUACCUUCUACUACACGUACAAUGCAGCCAUCAGCCUGGGCUAUGCAAACAGUUGCCUGAACCCCUUUGUAUAUAUUAUGCUCUGUGACACUUUUCGUCAACGCCUGGUCCUCUCUGUCAAGCCUAUGGCACAGGAGUAG